GAUGGAGGGCAUCGUGGCAUUCCGCGAAGCCCACAGGCCACUCGCGGACGAGGCGUGGGAGCCCCGCUCCGCAAGAGCGGGCCUCGCGCCCGCGGACGAGCGGGGCGCCAGGUCCACGGGCCUGCGGAAGGGGCUGCAGGCGCUCCAGGACUUCACGAAGUUCACGCAGGAGAUCAGGUACGGCAACCCGCUCAGGGCGUGGAUGGCCCUGAAUCCGGAGGCCACGCAGGGCAUCGGCGAGAAGCAGUUCGCCCGCGGCCUCGAGCGCAUCGGGUUCAGGGGGAACGCCGUGGCGCUGUGGCGGUACAUCGAUCGCGACAGCAGCGGGCAGAUCACCCUGGUGGAGCUGGCUCCGCGGGCGGCCAGGCUGCUGGCCGAGCUGAAGAAGAUCAUCGUGUCGCACGCCGGGCCCGCCGCGAAGCUCAGGCCUUCGGUCCGCGAUGCGACCGAGAGAUCUGGCUCAAACUCGCCGGCUCCGUCGAUCAGGUCGAGGUCGAAGGAGGAGACGAUCUCCGUCUACGAAGUCAUGCGACAGCUCGAUGGCAACAACAGCGGCCACAUCCACAGGGCGGAGUUCAUCGAGGGCCUCCAGAGCAUGGGCUACUCCGGGCCAGCAGGCCGCAUCUUCGACAUGAUUGUCGAACAGGGGGCCAGCUUCCUGAAGCCCGAGGAUUUCGCAUUCUUGGAUCGCUGGCACCUGCCCCUGUACCUUUGCGUCGCAGCCGACAAAGGCGCGGCAGAGGAGCUCAAGGAGUCGCUGAAGCGCGGCCACAAGAGCCUGUUCGAGGCCUGGAUCAAGGUUCUGGACCCCGACAGGACCAUGCGGGUAUGCUGGCACGAGUUCCUCGCCUUCUGCACCAAAGCGGCGCGGGACAAGAAGAGCCCUGCCGGGCUGGACGACGAGGACCGGCCCACGUGGCCGCCAUUUGGCGCGCGAUGGACGACGACUGCUCUGGCUGGAUAGCGAUGAGGGAGCUCGACCCGGACGUGUUCGAAGCGGUGGCCACAGUGAAGCGCUGGGGCAUGAGCGUCGGCGGCGUGUCGAGAGGCCUGCGCGAGCUGGCGCUCCGCGAGAUGGCCGAGGAGGCAUCCGAGGAGCUGGGCGUUCGAUUCGCUCGACCGGGAGAGGGCCUUGCGGGAGCUGGAAAUCCGCUCCAACGUCACAAAGGACGUGAAGAUGUCCAAGCAGCGCUUCCGGGAGGGGAUAUUGUUCAAGUACGCCGGGAUCAGAAAGGAUCGACGUGUCUUACGUCCUUUUCGAGGCCUUGGAGCACGGGGACCACUUCGUCUCAAACUCAGACCUCCUGUUCCUGGACAAAUGGGACCGAUCUGGAGCUCGAGGAGCUCGAGAUCGCGAUGUCGCGCAUGAGACCUACAGAUCGGCGACGCAGCAGCGGCAGGCGCAACCCCGCGCAGGCCCUUGGCAAGGCGGCCUAA